GAAUAUGAUGGGUGUUGUAUUGAGCCUUCGGGCGAUUUAUACAGAGUACAAGGCUUGAAGGACAAUAAGUCUCUCCUAGAGAUAAGGCAGGAGAUGAUUACAAAUCAUACUCUAACAAGCAGUAAGGGCCAAAGGAGAGCAUCUCUGUCUGAUUCCAGCUGAGAAGGACUGAGCCGUGCGUGAGAGUAUUCUUGCAGGUGUGUGGACGUAACUGUGAGCGUGGUUUCUUUCUUUAAAACACCUGCAAGCAAAGCAAGUUGAGCGUCCAUUUGAGCGUCCAGCGUUCCAACCUCCAACUCAACUCACAGGCUUCACGGCUGACACACCUCAGAGCCCGGCCGGCGGCGGCAAAACCAUGCAAGAGAGGCUGCCGUUCCGUGUGAUUCGGCCGAGCAAAGGUGCCCUAGCCACUCUCUCUUGGGCAAAGGUGACAUGGCCAUUAGUCAAGCGGCAAGGCUCGCCACCAUGCUUAUGCUACUGCCGUUGCUGCUCAUUUCUUGCGGAGUCGGGAGCAUCCUCUGCUCAUCAAUGACAACAGUCCAUGAUAACAGCACGGACAUGAUCUCACUGCUAGAUUUCAAGCGGGCCAUCACCAACGACUCAAGACAAGCCUUGACAUCUUGGCACACCAGCUUCCCUCUUUGCAGUUGGGAGGGCGUCCACUGCAGCUCGGGGCGAGUCACUAAGCUCUACCUCAGACAACGAGGGUUGUUUGGCCGGAUAUCCUCCUCCCUUGGCAACCUAACGUUCCUUAGGACACUGGACCUGUCCAAAAAUGGCUUCACCGGUGAGUUACCUCCUCUCAACCGUCUCCACAGACUGGAAUACCUUGACUUGGGAAAGAACUCACUGCGAGGGACCAUUCCAGAUACUCUCACAAACUGCUCCAAGCUAAGGAGCCUAGACCUAUCUGCCAACUUACUAAUGGGUGAAAUUCCCCUAGGUAUAGGUCGCCUAUCCAAUCUAAGGAAAGUAUGGCUUUCCUCAAAUAAUCUCACCGGAACAAUCCCACCAAGCCUAAGAAACAAUAGUCAGCUUGAAGACAUCGUGCUUACUGAUAAUAGGUUCAUGGGAACCAUUCCUGAUGAGAUGGGAAGUUUCCCAUCUCUUGUUUAUUUAGGCCUUGCUGGAAAUAUGCUAUCAGGUGGAAUACCAGAAACCCUGUACAAAUACAAUCAGUCUUCUCUCCAAUAUUUAUACUUAUAUUCCAAUAUGCUUGGAAAAACACUGCCAUCGAACUUUGGUGACACCUUCCCAGAUCUUAAACAUCUCUGUUUGGACAAUAACAAUUUUGAAGGUCAUCUCCCUGCUUCACUAGGCAAUAUUUCAGGGCUAAGACUGUUAAACUUUUCUUCCAACAAUUUCAUUGGUCAAGUUCCAGGUUCUUUUGGUAAUCUUGAACAGUUAGAAUACCUAAUCCUUCAGCGAAACAAUUUUUGGGGCUUCAUCCCAAUAGAGCUUGGCGGCUUAAAGCAGCUCACCCAUCUGGAUCUGUCUGAUAAUAACCUGCAAGGUGGUGUGCCAUGACACGGAGUAUAUUUGUUGAAAAUAACAGUUCCGUCUCACUUGAAGGCAACAUGGACUUUUUUUUGGAGGAACACUGGAUCUGCCCGCAUGUCCGGCCAUCUCUCGGAGAGAAGAAACACAGUAUGUUCUACCUGAUUAUUGUACUACGUCAUUACAAUACUUAGUUGCAUGUCACUCGUAUUCUUUGGCCUAUUUUAUGCUCACCAAGAAGACGUCAAGAGCAGACCUAUCAUUGUACUACCUGAUUAUUGUAAUUCACGGGGUUGGGACCUUCCGAACAUUCACUUUGGCAAUAAACGAUCCACUGAGAUCGUGGCUCUCAGUGCUCAAUCAGCAAAACAGAUUAAAAGGGGAGUGUCACAUAAACAAUGCUGGCCGAUUACCAACCACUCCAUUGUAUUGUUUACAAGCUAAGCUAGGCACGUCUUGAUCUUUUCAUGCUAACUUUUUCCGAUACUAAACUUAUGGCAAUUCUUAUUAUUUUGCGGGAAACUUCUGAUCUAUCCAUCUCCAAUCAUGGUAAUACAACGAACACAAGAAAUAAUAAAACUACAUCCAGAUUCGUAGACCACCUAGCAACAACUAUAAGCACUGAAGCGAGCCGAAGACGCUUUGACUUUAUUUUUGAAAAGGAGGGUCAUCCCCGGCCUCUACAUCAGACUGAUUCAUGCAGCCAUAAUAUAUUAAGCAAAAGUACCAAAAUGUCCGCGGUUCAAUACAAGCUCACAUGGAGCUAAAAAGGAAGAAGAGCAAAUAAAAGUUGACAACAACCGGUGAAAAUAGGUUGAGAUGACUAAACACCUUGCUUAUUAUUGGAUUGACAUCCAAACCGGUUGUAAGUACCCUUUGCUACUAUCUUUCACCGGGUACACCCAAUAGCCAAAUGCUCCCUGGCUUCCGCAAGAGUGAGUAAUGACCACAUAUGGAACCAUGCAGUGGCCCUGUAGAUAACCUGCAAAAUAUUUAUAUGAGUUUGACUUUAAAAAUUAUUUCAUUUCUGCAGUUCCAUAUAGCCCAAAGUAAUGCGCAUACUCCUAUCCGGAUAUGUCCCGCAUAGUUUGGUUCCACUCCAUUUAGCCACCUCUCAAAUAGAGAUCUUUUACAGUACCCCGAAAUAAAUAUAGACCGUACAUUUCUCUUGAUCCAGUGGACAGUAUUGCUUGGUACUCCAUCACUCAUCCAACGGAGUACUAAGUUAAAAAGUACUGGAGUACCUUGAUUUAAGGGGCAAAACCGUAAUCAUAUAUAACAUUCUAAUAUUAUUUCAUAUUCGUGGUUCCCCUCAUAACCUCCCAUGUAUUCUGGCGUCUUUUUUUUCAAUUACAAGCAAAACGUAGUAUAUUGAUAUGCACGCAGCGUCUGGAGAUGCCGGGAUGAGCCCAUGCCGGCGGGCUAUGCACGUCCUUCGUAGGUGAGUAACGGGAAAGCAUCCGCGUCUGGGACGAGCCGGAACAAGAUCUAUGCCGUGAAGCUGAUCGAGGACUCGUUUCCGCAACCAUGGCGCAGUACAGGGGUUGGCCGGUGGCGGCUCGACGGGCGGCGCAGCAGGGCGGCUUGCGGUAGCGAAGGAUCAGGUUUGAGGUGGCGCGGCCACUCCAUUGCUAGGCACCGAGCGAUCGGGAUUUCCGGCCGAACGAACGGGAGCUUUUUCUGGCACUCAAUCUGGAGUUUUUGUUUUUCUUUUGGGAGCUGUAUUUGGCAUCCAUGCGAGAUCACAGGGAGAAUAUCGGAAGUACCCGUGGGAAAAUAACUAAGUUACCCUUCACAACGAACGGCAAGAUCUGUUCGGUACUCCAGCACAUGUUUUGGGAGUACCAAGAUACCGUAAAAUAGCUCCUCAAAUAAUGUGUUAAUACUAUUUGGAGAGCUGA